CAAAUUCUUCUGAACCAUUGACAAGAACAAACUCUCUCUCUCUCUCUCUAACUUUUGUCACCCAAAAUUCAAACACCUCUGUAGCUCUAGCUCCCCUUCUUUUUGACUGGUUCUCAAAACCCAUCUUCUCAUUUUCCACCAUAACAAUCUCUCACCAUUCAAUUCCCUGAAUCUCCAUGGCGAUCGAUAUGUGCUCUGAGACUCCGAGUCUCGGCACAAGCCCUAGAAUCUCAUUCUCUCACGAUCUUCACGUCUCAGAUCAUGAAAUUCCAACCGAGAAUUCCCCAAGCCGAUCGGACUCAUCACUUCUAGAUUCCAAUUCCGACUUCAAUUUCUUCGUCGGAGAUCACAUUCAAACCACCGAGCAAUCAUCUGCCGACGAGCUCUUCUCCGGCGGCUUAAUUCGGCCUAUGCAAUUCGUCGUUACGAAUUCGCAACAAAUUCCGAUUUCCAAACCGAAAUCUGUCGCGAUUGCGAAUGCGAAUGCGAAUGCAAAUCUUCUUCCACCUCUUCCCACGCCGAUGACGAACUCUGAAACCGAAUCGAAGACUCAAUCGAAGACGUUUUGGAAGGUGAAGAGGAGUAGUAGUCUUCGAUGCGAUAACAGUUACAAGAAGAGCUCGUUUUGGUCAUUGCCACAGCUCUUGCGAAGCAAUUCGACUGGUUCUGUGCCGAAUUCAAAAUCAACAUCUCAUAAUCAUCAUCAGAAACAGAAUUCACAGAAACAACACAAAAAUUUCGCAUCGAAAUCGUCAUCUUCAUCGUCAUCGUCGUCGUUGCAGAAGCCGCCAUUGAAGAAGAACUAUGGAGGAGGUUAUGGAAAUGGUGGUGGUGGAGUUCGGAUUAGCCCAGUGUUGAAUGUGCCUCCUCCAUAUAUUUCUAGAGGAACCACUAAUCUGUUUGGAUUGGGCUCUUUGUUUCGCAAUGGAAAGGAUCCUAAGAAGAACAAGAAAUCAUCGUUUACUUAGGGUUUUGCAAUUGGUAGGUUUGUGGCUUUCAUUUCAAUCUAAAGUCUAUAGUGUUCUUUUGAGUAAGUUCCAGUUCUAUGAGGAUCUUUUUUUUUUUUUGAGAUUUGUUGUGACUAAUAUUUCGAGUACAUGCAGUCUCAUGUCCUAUACAUCCCGAGUGACUAUAGGGUACAUAUAUUAGUAUAGUUUUCGAUAGGGUUUAAGUCUUUCAUGAAAUUCGAAUUUAUGUUUUCUUAUACUAUUGUUAUGAUUAACUAAAUACCAUCUAAUUGUUUGAAUUAUGUAAAAGAAAAUGAUAUUAUGUUUUGUAAUAUUCUUAUCAUGAUUCAAAUUGACACUUAAAUAAUUGUUUUGAAUUAUGUAAAUGAUAUUCUUGCAAAUUUUUGAAUUAUUGUAAAUGAUAUUCUUGUAAUGAUAUUCAAAUUGGCACUUAAAUAAUUGUUUUGAAUUAUUGUAAAUGAUAUUCUUGUAAAUAAUUGAUUAGUCGAGGUGCGAUACUCCGAAAGGGUGCUGGCCCGGACACUCGGUUAUAAAAAAAUAUAUAUAUAUAUUCUUGCAAAUUUAUCGAUCAGAAUAAUAGAAUUAUAAUUAAAUAAUCUUAACGAGCUUUUUGAUUUACACUGAUCAAAUCAUAAUUUGUCAUUUUCUUUUACAUUGAUUUUUUAUAUAAUUUAUAUAUUUAUUUAUUUUUUAUAUAUCACUAUUCUUAUGUAAAAUAGGAGAGAGAGAGAGAGAGAGAGAGAGAGAGAGAGAGAGAGAGAGAGAGAGAUUAAUUGGAUAAAAGAUAAUGACUGAGAGAAAGGAUAAGUGAGAAGGGGAGUCUUUGGAAUGCUCAUGUUAAUGGCCUUGGGGACAUAACAACAGGUACCCUUCUUUCAUGGCUGUCCUCAAUUAUUUUUUCCACCUCUUUCUUCUAUCUCUAUGAUAUGAGUUGGUUUUGUUUAUUUUAAGAUUGCCUUUUGGACUUUGAUAUGUAAAAUAAUAUUGAUUUGGUUGAUUCUUUCUCUAUAAUAGAUACU